AUGGCGCGCGAUGGCGCGUGUCGCGGCGGCGUGGUGCGGCGCGCGUCGGGUCGGCUCGCGGGGUGGCGAGCGCGAGGGGUGUGGCUCGAGCGGGACGCGCGGUCGUUCGCGUCGAGCGCGACGGCGAGAGACGGGAGCGAUGACGACGACGGCGACGACGAUGGCGGUGAUUCCGCGAGUGGUCGAGGCUCGGGGAAGUCGUCGAAAGCGAAGAGGGUGACGUCGAGGGAGUCGUUGCGACGGUUGAUGGACAUGCGCGACCCGGCGGCGUGGUACCCGCUCGCGCGCUCGAUGCGGAGAGAGAUAACGCUCCACGUGGGGCCGACGAACUCGGGGAAGACGCACGCGGCGAUGGAGCGGUUGAAACAAGCGGCGAGUGGGGUGUACUGCGCGCCGCUUCGUCUGUUGGCGUGGGAGAUUAGUGAGAGCAUGAACGCGGUCGGCGUCGCGUGCACGCUCGUGACGGGGCAGGAGAUACGAGAGGCGCCAAACGCUCGACACGUGAGCAGUACGGUGGAGAUGAGCGACGUGUCCAGCGUGUACGAUUGCGCUGUGAUUGAUGAGGUGCAGCUGUUGAGCGAUCCGCAUCGAGGGUACGCGUACACGCGCGCGCUCUUGGGUCUCGCGGCGAUCGAGCUUCAUCUGUGCGGCGAUCCGCGCGUGGUGCCUCUGGUGAAGAAGAUCGUCGAGUCCACGGGGGAUCUGUUGACGGUGAAGGAGUACGAGCGAUUGUCACCGUUAGAGGUGUCGAGCGAGAUCGUGAAGAGUGUCAAAGAUGUGCGAGAGGGUGACGCUCUCGUGGCGUUCAGUCGAGCCGACGUGUACAAGAUGAAGCGAGAGCUGGAGAAGAAGUCGAAUUUCCGCGCUUGCGUCAUCUACGGCGCCUUACCGCCGGAGGCGCGGUCGCGACAGGCGUUGUUGUUUAACAAGCCUGAGAGUGGGUACGACGUCCUCAUCGCGUCUGACGCCAUCGGUAUGGGUUUGAACUUGAACGUUCGGCGUGUCAUCUUCACCACCAUGUCCAAAUUCGACGGCGUGGGAACCAGACACCUCGAAGCGCCAGAGGUUCGUCAGAUCGCUGGGCGCGCUGGACGUUACGGUCUUGAUUACGCGGGCGGUGGGAGCGUGACGACGAUGAAGCGAUCUGAGCACAAAAUCCUGGUCAAUGCGCUCGAAGGCGAAUUAAAACCGCUCGACAGCGCGGGCAUUGCUCCUUCGCUUGAGCAGGUGGAAGAAUACUGCGCGAUUCACCGGGGCGCAAGCUUGCUCGAGGCGUUGCAAGCGCUGAGUAAUAAAGCGAAGUUGGCUUCGCACUACAGAAUGCGCAACAUGAGCGAGCCAAUCGCCGUGGCGAAGAUGUUGAAAAAGUUUCCGCUUGCGCUGGAGGAUCAGUUUACGUUCGCAAUCGCGCCGGUUGACGUCAAAGAUCCCAUGGUGUGCGCGGCCUUGCUCACGUUUGUGAAGACAUUUUGCACACACGGUCGAGUAGGUGUUAGGCUCAUCUCUCUUCCGCCUCCGCGCACGCCGAAGAAUCCGAUUCAGCUCCAAAAACUCGAGAGCGCGCACAAGUGCCUGGAUUUAUACCUUUGGUUGGCGAGAAAACUUCCAAAGGCGUUUCCCGAGCCCGAGCUCGCGGACGCGUACAGGACCGCAACCGCGACCGCAAUCAGCGCCGGCUUACAGUUUUUAUCCACGAUCUCCGACGAGAAGAACGGUCGGAAAGAAUUCGAUGGCGAUACGAGCUAUCUAUCCAAGAGCGCCGUCAAGCGCGCGUUCAACGCUGCCAAGGUCGCGAUUGAAAACAUCGAGGAAGAGCGCGCCCGAGCCGGUCUCCCGCGCAUAGACCAAGCAGAACGCGCGGUGCGAUUCUCGGAUUUCAAGUGGACGAACGGGGGAAAGACGAACGAUGAGGCGACGAAACUGUCUUCCCGAAUACCGAAAUCAAAAUCGUCUCGCGUCUCGGACGCGAAACAUCCAAACGACCAACUCGACGCAUCACCCCCGCCGCCGUCGGGCCCGACAAAAAAGUCGUUCGUCGCGAAGAGAUCCUUCGCCAAACCGAGCUGGCUUUAG